UAGACAUCACGUGAUACUUUACGUACUUCCUUUUCCCCUAUGAGUCCCAUUGAUAGGACACUAACAAUUUAGAACUAAGUUGUCCAUCUGACUCAUUUCAAGAUGGUGAACUUUUCAGUAGACGAGAUCCGGGCUAUUAUGGAUAACAAACGGAAUAUCCGUAAUAUGUCUGUGAUUGCCCAUGUUGACCAUGGAAAGUCAACACUGACAGAUUCUUUGGUCAGUAAAGCAGGUAUCAUUGCCUCAGCUAAAGCUGGUGAAACUCGCUUCACAGAUACCCGCAAAGAUGAACAAGAGCGCUGUAUCACAAUCAAGUCAACUGCCAUCUCUCUUUAUUAUGAGCUGAAUAAAGAUGACAUGAAAUACAUCAAGCAAGAGUAUGACCCUGAUAACAACCAUUUUCUAAUCAACUUGAUUGAUUCACCUGGACAUGUUGACUUCUCUUCAGAAGUAACAGCUGCCCUUCGUGUAACUGAUGGAGCCUUGGUGGUUGUUGAUUGUGUCUCAGGUGUCUGUGUACAGACAGAGACUGUACUUCGGCAAGCUAUUGGUGAGAGAAUUCGACCUGUCCUUUUCAUGAAUAAAAUGGACUUGGCUUUGUUAACACUUCAACUUGAAGCUGAGGAUUUGUAUCAGACAUUUCAAAGAAUUAUUGAGAAUGUUAAUGUGAUUGUGGGGACAUAUGGAGAGGAUGAUGGCCCGAUGGGUAACAUCCAGGUGGAUCCAAAGAAUGGCACUGUAGGGUUUGGAUCUGGAUUGCAUGGCUGGGCUUUUACUCUUAAGGACUUUGCUAAAAUGUAUGUUAGCAAGUUUAAAAUUGAAGAACCAGCUUUAAUGAAAAGGCUGUGGGGCAAUCAAUUUUACCAUGCCAAGGAUAAGAAAUGGUAUAAAGAGCAAACUCAAGGAUCUGUGCGAGGAUUCACCAAUUACAUUCUGAAGCCAAUCUAUGAGAUUUUCAACUUCUGCAUGACUAAGAGCAAGGAAGAGGCUGUUGCUCUUGUUGAGAAAUUGGGUGUGAAAUUGACUUUUGAAGAUAAGGAAUUGGAAGGGAAACCUUUGCUUAAGGUGGUAAUGAGAAAAUGGCUUCCAGCUGGGGAUGCUAUGCUUCAGAUGAUUGUUAUUCAUUUACCAUCACCUGUUACAGCCCAAAAGUAUAGAGCAGAGCUUCUGUAUGAAGGUCCUUUUGAUGAUGAAUGCUGCACAGCCAUCAAAGCCUGUGAUCCUAAAGGCCCUCUUAUGAUGUACAUUUCCAAAAUGGUGCCCACAACUGAUAAAGGUCGUUUUUAUGCCUUUGGUCGUGUUUUCUCUGGAGCUGUUGCUACUGGUCAAAAAGUGCGCAUAAUGGGUCCUAACUAUUUACCAGGAAAGAAGGAGGAUUUGUAUGAAAAAACCAUUCAAAGGACAAUUCUUAUGAUGGGUCGUUACACAGAAUCUAUUGAAGAUGUACCUUGUGGUAAUAUCUGUGGUCUUGUUGGUGUAGAUCAGUUCUUAGUCAAGACAGGUACCAUUUCAACCCACAAAGAUGCACACAAUUUGCGUGUGAUGAAAUUCAGUGUCAGCCCUGUUGUCCGUGUUGCUGUUGAGUGCAAAAAUCCUUCUGAUUUGCCAAAAUUAGUUGAGGGUCUCAAGAGACUGGCAAAAUCAGAUCCUAUGGUUCAGUGCAUCAUUGAAGAAUCUGGAGAGCACAUUAUUGCUGGUGCUGGUGAGCUUCAUUUGGAGAUUUGUCUGAAGGAUCUUGAGGAAGAUCAUGCUGGAAUUCCAAUCAAGGUCUCUGAGCCUGUUGUAUCUUACAGAGAAACUUGCAGUGCGGAGUCUGAAAUUAUGUGCUUGGCAAAGUCUCCAAAUAAACAUAAUCGUUUGUUUAUGAAAGCUGCUCCAUUGCCAGAGGGUUGUGCUGAAGCAAUUGACAAGGGUGACAUUGCUCCACGCCAAGAAGUGAAAGAACGUGCUAGAUUUUUGAGUGAAAAGUUUGACUUUGAUGUGACAGAAGCCAGAAAAAUCUGGUGUUUUGGUCCCGAAGGAACAGGUCCAAAUCUUUUGGUUGAUUGUACUAAGGCUGUUCAGUACUUAAAUGAGAUCAAGGAUAGUGUUGUUGCUGGUUUCCAAUGGGCAACCAAAGAGGGUGUUCUUUGUGAAGAAAACAUGAGGGGCUGCAGGUUCAACUUGUAUGAUGUUACCCUUCAUGCUGAUGCCAUUCACCGUGGUGGUGGUCAGAUCAUCCCAACAGCAAGAAGAGUCUUGUAUGCUGCAGCUCUUACAGCAGAGCCCAGGCUUCUGGAGCCAGUUUACUUGGUUGAAAUUCAGUGUCCUGACCAAGCUGUAGGUGGCAUAUUUGGUGUUCUGAACAGACGUCGUGGUGUGGUCUUUGACAACCAACAGAUUGGCAAUACUCCUCAGAUUACAGUUAAAGCUCACAUGCCAGUCAAUGAAUCAUUUGGGUUCACUGCUGACUUGCGCUCAAAUACUGGUGGCCAAGCUUUCCCACAGUGCGUCUUUGAUCACUGGCAAAUCCUCCCCGGUGACCCUAGGGAUUUAACUACUAAACCAGGCCAAGUUGUUCUUGCUUCCAGAAAACGCAAGGGUCUGAAAGAGAGUAUUCCACCACUAGACAAUUUCUUGGACAAGUUAUAAUGUCUAAUUGCUUCACAUUCGGCAACAUGGGUCAGAAUCUACAUGCUAAUAUAAAAGUUACACCUGGUGUAGUGAAAAUAUUCUUGAGUUGUCUUCUUUCUGAAAAUGAUCUUAUGGUUUUGCUGGUAUUUAUCUUGAGGUCAGAUAUCCAAACUUUGUCCAGUGUAAAAUUUUGUCAAUAAAUAAAAAGUACAAUUACU